AUGGCCUCGCAAGCCGUAUCAGAGAAAGGACGUCGACUGGCGAAACAAAAGUAUCCCUCAUACAACAGAAAUAACUUACCUACUCUCAAAGAAGUUCUUCAGCGCAAAACAGCACCGCCAGUAUGUUUAUUCAACUUCUACAUCUACAUGAGGGACAGAGAGCACGAUGCCGAGUAUCUAGACUUUUGGCUAGACGUAGCAGAACUCGAACUACUUUGCAGAUAUUAUUUAAAAGACCUUAAAAAAUUUGGAAUAGAUUCUUCAGUAGAAUUUCCAGAAUAUGCAAAAUCUAAAGAUUCAGAUAAAGAGAAAAGACACAGCACUCAAUCCAGUUUACAUCGACACCUCUCAGCAAGCUCAAGUAGCACUGGCUUUACCGAUACAGACUCGCGGUCCGGUUCCCCCAUGCCGCUUCCACUAACAACAGGAACGGGAACAGAAACACCUCAGCACGAGGUAAUAGACGUAUCAGACCAGCAAGCAACCCAAAAACUCCGGUAUAGAGAUUCAGUCCGUUCGUCGACAACCGGUAACCUUUCUUUCAUAGGUCAACGUCCAAUAACUCGGGACGACGUUACCCAGUUGGCUCAACGUAUUUACUUCCUCUACCUCGUUCCCAACGCUGAGCGAGAAAUAAGUCUGUCACCUGGAGUCCUCAAUGAAAUACGCAUAGCCGUCGAGGAAAAGCAUAAAGACGACCCGGCAAUAUACAAAGAGGCUAAAAAGGAAGUGUAUCGAUUAAUGAAGCGAGAGAUUUACCCAAACUUUCUGAAAGCGAGAGCAUAUGGAAACAUGACCCCUAGACAGACAUUGAUUAGGUUGGGUUUGGGUUUGUUUUCCUUGUUUGUUGGAUUCACCGUCGAGUUGAGUCUGAUACUCUUGGAUGAGAAGCCGAGGUCAAAGAGGCUUUGGGGCUUUAUUCCUAUUUUCAUUGGUAUUUUAAAUCUGUUUGCAUUUCAAAUGGAGUUAUCUCCGCUUCUCGUACUUCUUCAUAUCAGCGAGCGGUCUUUUAUGCAAUACGAACUGGUCCGAGAAAAAUACAUAUACCGUAGAAUCCACGUUCCAAAAGCCCUUUGGAUACUGUUUAUGUCGUUGGCAGCUUCCAUAAUUGUUACUGGACUUCUCCUUGCUAUCCCUGGACAUAGACUGUGA